AACAAAGAACAAAUUCCAAUUCUCCAUAUUCAAAGAUGACAUAGAAAAAACCCCAAAACUUCAAACAAAUAAAGCCUUACAUCAUCUCUCUCUCUCUCUCUCUUCUUUCCCUAACACCAUUUUCAGUUCCAUUUGAAAGAAACUAAUCUCUCUCUCUCUCUAUAAAACCCAACAAAACCCCACCUUUUUUUUUUCUCCUCUCCUCUCUCUUUUCACCAUGGAUUCCGUCGCCUUUCUCAAGUUCUUCAAACAUUCCGGCGCUGACGAAUUACAGAAACAGGAGGAGGAGGAGGAGGAGGAAGAAGAAGAAGGAGAAGAUUCGUUCUUUGAUAUUGAGUUUUUCUCUGUUUCAGCUGGAAAGAUUCAAAGCCCGGAACAGAGACCUCAAAUUCCGACUAAAUUAGGAGACCAUAUAAACCUCUGUUCCGAUUCCAUUUCCAAAAGAAAGAUUCUUCCAAUCGAGCCCACUUCGAAGCCGCAAUCUCCGAUUCAGCUACUUAAAUCGGCACCUAAGUUUCCUGUUUUCAUCUUCAAGAAACAGAGAUCAAUGGCUAAAAACAGACCACCUACCGGACAAGAAGGAGGUGAAAGCAGAGUUCUGAACUCCAAGCUCACUAGAGACAACAGCACGAGAAGAUUCGGAGGCAUUUUUCCGCCGGACCCAUGUGAACCUCCGGUUCCGGCUCCGACGAGACGGUUCUCGAAGGAGGUGGUGCAGAAAUAUUUAAAACUGAUUAAGCCUAAGGUUUUAAGAAAACCCACCGACAGCGGCAGCGACUUAUCGUCGGCGGCUGUGGAUUCGCCGGUGAGGGAGAAGCACGAGAAUGGACUUCCGGCGGGGAUUCGUUUGGUGUGUAGACAUCUGGGUAAGAGCAAAUCAGCGUCGGCGGCUGGAGGAUUGGCAGCAGCGGUGAUUCCUCAGACGAACCGGAGGGAUGAUUCGUUGUUGCAACAGCACGACGGGAUUCAAAGCGCCAUUUUACACUGUAAAAGAUCCUUCAACGCCUCCUCAGAGAAACCUCUGUUUUUGUCAUCAAGGUCUGAAGCAACAACAGCUUCACAAGAAAGGCCAAGAAGUCUAUCUUGCAAAGAUUUUAGUUUCAAAGAAGGCAAAGAGGAAGGGGAAAUGAAGAGGAUGAUGAAGAAAGAGUGAAAUUAAAGAAAUGGGUUAAAUUUGUUUUGUUGUUUGUAAAGGGAAUGGAAAUUUUUGGAGGGAAGAACAAAAAUGAUGAUGAUGAUGAUGAAGAAGAAGAAGAAGUGGAAAAAAAAAAUUGGGUUUUUAGGGUUUUAGGGUGAGAGUGAGUUUGGGGAUGGGAUGUGUAAAGAGGAAAGGGCUCAUAAUUAUUAUCAAAGAAUUUGAAAAGAUAUCUGAUUCUGAAAAUCUGCCUUUGUGUUGGAUUUUGUCUCUUCCAAACCCCCCAACCCCCUCCCAAACACUAUCUUUUUCCUUUCUAUUAUUAUUAUAUGUAUACAUGUUAUCCGAGCGGUCCGCUCCAACCCAGAAUUUAGGUAAGUUCAUGACUUAACGACUCAAAUUAGAUCAAGAUUUGGUCGUGUUAUCUACUUGUCUCAAAUUGCUUCCAAGAAUAAAGAUUUGUGUUGAUCUAA